CCGGACUGAAGGCGAUGUCAGGCUUUCGUUUCCAGCCGGAGCUGAGAGGCGGAGGGACCCGGCCGGCGGUCAGAUUAUCGGAGCGGACACGGAGCCAGGAGCGGGUCAAGGCCAGGAUGCCUAAGCUUCAUGGGUUUGAUUUCUGGAGGACCACGCUAAACGGUGCUCGAUAUGUGGUUGCUCCAAUGGUGGAUCAGAGUGAGCUUGCAUGGAGGUUGCUUAGUCGUCGUCAUGGUGCUCAGCUCUGUUACACCCCCAUGCUUCACGCCCAGGUGUUUGUGCGAGAUGCAAACUACAGAAAGGAGAACUUAUAUAAUGAGGUGAACGCAGAGGAUCGACCACUAGUUGUUCAGUUCUGUGCGAAUGAUCCAGAAGUGUUUGUCCAAGCCUGCCUGCUGGCUCAGGAUUACUGCAAUGCCAUUGAUCUGAACUUGGGCUGUCCACAGAUGAUUGCAAAAAGAGGGCACUAUGGAGCAUUUCUACAAGAAGAAUGGGACUUACUACACAAAAUGCUUUCUGAGGCACAUAAGAGAAUCUCUGUUCCCAUCACAUGCAAAAUCCGAGUUUUCCCAGAAGUGAGUAAAACUGUGCAAUAUGCAAAGAUGCUGGAGAAGGCGGGUUGCCAGCUGUUAACUGUUCACGGUCGUACCAAGGAACAAAAAGGGCCUCUGACCGGUGUGGCUGACUGGGAGCACAUAAAAGCUGUGAGGAAAGAAGUGAACAUCCCAGUUUUUGCAAAUGGUAACAUCCAGUACCUGAGCGACGUAGAGCGAUGCUUUCAAGAAACAGACGUACAAGGUGUAAUGAGUGCAGAAGGCAAUCUACAUAAUCCAGCUCUUUUUGAAGGCCGUAAGCCACCUGUGUGGGAGAUAGCAGAAGAGUAUUUGGAGAUUGUCAACCAAUAUCCUUGCCCGCUUUCAUUUGUCAGAGCUCAUCUCUUCAAACUCUGGCAUCACACGCUGCAGGUGUACCAUGAAUUGAGGGAGGAAUUGGCAAAGGUGAAGACUCUGGGGGCCAUUGUAGAGGUCAAUAAGGAACUUAAACGGAAGUGUCAGGUUGAAAUAUCUAAUUGGAAGGAAGAAGAGGCUAGAGAAAACCAAUUGCCCCUCCCUCACUGGAUUUGUCAGCCAUAUGUCCGACCAGGACCCAAGAAUGUUAAUUCUGAGAAUGGAGAAAAACAUACACGUGGGAAAUCUUGUGGGAAAAGAGCCCUGGAAGAGGAGGAGGGGAAUCUUGAUUGCCUAUCAAAGAAUAAACAGAAAAAGAAAGCCCGAAACCCAAACAAAAGCUUUGAUACCUCCGUGAAACCUAAAUAUGUGAAAUGUGAACAGUGUGGAAACCCAAAGGGGACUAAAUGCAUCUUCAACUUAUGUCGUGGGUGCUGCAAGAAGAAAGCUUUCAAAGAGCUGGCUGACUGCGCAGGGCAUGGAUUACUCUUCAAAACCAAACAUGAAAAGAGAUUGAAGUGGAAAUUAAUGGAAGAGGGAAUACUGGAGAAUGGAGACAGAAUUCAUGAACAUUUGGACCCCUGAAGAAAUCAGCCUUCCCAGUGAAUUGGAUUGGGAUCUGGUCUGUCACGCACGCACGCACGCAUACACACAUGCACAAAAAUAUAUGUAUUUAUGCACAGGGCUCAAUGUUUGCAUUUCUUUGAUAAGUGUUAGUUGUUUUUGAAUUUUGCUAAAAAGUAUUCCAGUCAAUUAGCAACAUUUUGCUAGUUGUAAUUACAGCCCAGUAUUUUCAUGCCCCAAUUAGCUAAUUUUGGCAUCCUGGCCACCACUCCUGAUUUUAAUUCUUGGCUAAUAUCCUAAUGGAAGGCAACAUUUAUCCAUGACAGUUGAAAUCACCAACAAAAAUAUACUUCCCAUGACAGUUUUAAAUGUCCUCUUUGUAUGAAAACAGAAAGUACACAGCCUGUUCAGUAUUUGGAGAACAGAAUUACAAAAGAAAUGUUAAAAGGAAAAGGUGAUUACAGUUGGUCAUGGCACUUACCUGAUAGAAAUUAUAAAUCUCCCCUAGGUCCCAGUGCAUGAUAGAUGUUACUUGAUGUCUUUAGUCUUUUGUAUGCAGCAACCAAGAAAGAGGCUUUUAGUGUGUAUCUUUUAUCCAUGAUAAUCUGCAAAAUAUACGCCACACGUUGCAAAACACAAUGAACUCAUUGGCAUUUUAAUUAGAAAAUUAUCAUAUUUUUGGACCUGGUGGUGCAAUCCUCCAAUGAGUUCAUCAAUAUGAUGCCUCUGUUUCAACAAUACUGGAAAUUUAUUUUGGAAUUUUGGAAAUUGUGCUAACCUCUACUGCAGUACCAGAGUGACAGUAACUGAAGGGUUGCUUCACAACUGUCUGCUAAAUUUUACAGGUGACCUUAAAAGACUAAAUUCUUUCCCUUGAAAUUUGUGGUUGCUUCGAUAAGCAUCAAAGAAAUGCAAAUGUCUUCUAAAACUAAGUACAGAGCAUUACGUUGUUCGGACUUCAUUUGCCGUUGUUCUGACUUCAAUUGGAGUAAUCUGUGAAGAAUACAAUCAUUUUUUAAAAAACUUAAAUGUGUUUGAAUGAAUAUACAAAUCCCAACAAUAAUAAUCUGUAUUGUUGAAGGAAUUUGACAUAUCAGUUUGCCUUUUAGGAAUUGUCUCCUUGCUAUAUUCUGAUUUUUAUUUUAAUUGUAUGAUAUUUGGUUCACGAGUGAAUGGUAUGGCCAGUUAUAGGAUAAAAUUGAGGCACAAGUUCCCUGUGCUGGAAGUGACUUCUGUUUAACUGAUAUUUAAUGUAUACAGGUCAAAAGUUCUUGUUAGCUGAGCUCAUUUUUAUCCAGUUGCCUCUGAAGUUUAAAGUGCAGCAUUGGUGUUAAGGAAAGCUAAAGCAAUCAUGUAGUUUUGUUGCACUGGUACUAUCAUAGGUACACUGAUCACUCGCCAUAAUUUACAAGGGUCUGCGGUGGUUUGUUCUUUACCAUUAAAAUUAUAACUAGCAGUGUAGGAAUGCACUAAUGUUCUAUGUACAAAGUUCUCAAAUUCUUAGAAAGUGAAAUUGGGCAAUGCCCGUUGUGUUAAACAGGCUGAUAGCAAAUUAGAAAAGGAAAUCGAGGGGUAUGUAAACUGAGCCACCCAUUUGCUUCCAUCCCUGUUUGCGUUACCGCUGUUGACCACUUGAUCCCACCCUCCCCCUUAAAUUAUGCAUUGAGUCUUAACUAUUUCUUGCCCUUUGAGACUAGACGAAUACAUUGAGCACUAGGACCUUGAGAAAAGUUGACGGGUUUUAUUAAAGGUUUUAUAACAUAGGCAUUGGGUGACAGCUGACACUAGGAAAGUUAAAACUGGCAGGCGAAAUUACGGCAUUUCUAAAACCAGGUUUUAAACAAUAUUUUCUGUGCAAGGCUUAAGGAAACAUUUUGUCAUAAUAGCAACUGUUCAAUGGCAAAUUUAUAAUUUUGGUGACUGAAUAUUAUCCUUGAAAAUAUUUAAUAAAGCUUCAAUUUUGUGUAUAA